GAUACUAGCAGGAAGCACACUCGUCUUGUUUCCUUUAUCUGUUCCGUGAACCAGGUGCUCACGUGGGUCUGCAGGACACGAAGAAGCAAGAAUCUGUUGCUGUAGAGUCAGCAAAUUUUUUUUCUGAAAGGUUUAUUUUUAAGUUGACUCUUCUUGCCGAAGCAACUUUACCAGCUUUUAUUAUUGAGCUUUUAGUUUUUGCUGCUCUGCGUUUUCGAACACACGCACCGUCACAUCCUCGUGUAUUUACAUCUCUGCUUCUCCGUUUUAUCCAUCUACCACUGUCCGUUGAAUUUAAUACAUAUUUAAAAGGUUGGCAAUGCCCCCCAAACGUGUUGCCGGGAAAGGCAAGGGCGGCGGUGCAGGCGGGGCUGGCGCGGCGGCCGACCCGAUGGCGGAACUCCGCAACAUGGAGGACAUCCACGAGGUGCUCGCCAAAGCGCAGCAGCUGCGCAACUACUUCCAGACGGAGCGCGACAAGGUCAACUCGAUGUGGGACAUCACGAAGAAGGAGCUGGAGAACUCGCAGUACGGCCUGCAGAACAUCGAGAGCGAAAUCGAAGAGCUCGAGCGCGAUCACCAAGUGGAAAUGAAGGUGUACAAGCAGAAGGUGCGCCACUUGCUGUACGAUCACCGGGUAGCUGUGAAGCAGCUGAAGGACGAAAGCGACGCCGCACUACGAGGGGCGGAGACGGCGCAUCAGCAGCGCAUCCAGCAACUGGAGACGGAGCGCCAGCAGCGGAUGUCCGGCAUGGAAGCGGCUCGCGAAUCACAGGAGGGCCACAUCAUGGAGCAGCGCGACGGGCAUCAAUACAUGCUUACCGUGACGAAGCGCCGCAACCACGAGAAGGAGCUGGCGCGACGGCAAACCGCCUACGAGGCGAAGCUGAGCACGCUGCGCGAGGACCUCGAGCUGCGCCGCCGCGCCGAGAUCCAAGACGCGGAGGAACGCUAUCACAUGCACAUCAACGAGCUCAUCCGGCAGCACGAGGAGAAGUUUAGCGAGAUGAAGAACUACUACAACCACAUCACCCAGAACAACCUCGAGAUCAUCCGCUCACUCAAGGACGAGAUUGCGACCAUGAAGAAGAACGAUGAGCAGAACGAGAGCCUCAUGUACGAGAUUGAGAAGGAAAACAGCAGUCUCGCCGCCCCGCUCGAGCAAGUCGAAAAGGAGGUGGCGGAGCUGCAGGUCAAGAAGCAGCAGCACAUCCAAGAUAAGCAGAGUCUGCGCACGUCACGCACGCGCUACAAGGCGCUGCAGCAGCAACUGGACACCCUGCGGCAGGACAAGGAGCUGCUGGAGGAGCAGUACAAGAGCGUGUACAACGAGCGCGAGGACCUGAGAGCCAAGUUUGAAUCCGCGUUGCGAGAGGCGAUGGACAUCGUGGCGGAGCGCAACAACUCGCUGCAGCAAAACCUGGUCGAGGCCCACGCGAAACUGGAGCAGCGCGAUGCCCAGCUAGACGGCGUGCUGCGUGCGAUGAACCUUGAGCCGGCGGCGAUGGAGUUGAUUUCCGAAGAGAUCGACGACGAAAUUCAGGUGAAAAACCAAACCAUCAAGGAUCUUCACUUCGAGCUGCGCAAACUGGAGAAGAGGGUGAGCGCGAUGGUGGAGGAGUACGAGCGCCGCUGCCGCGCCGUUGGCGUCACCCCGUUAGACCGAGCGAGCGUGUUGUGCGUUUGA